AUGGUAAGCUUUCUAUGGUCUACGGAUAUUUACGGUAGCUUUAACAGUAAUUGACGUAUACUUCGAGUGGGGGGAGGGCUGUUUUUUUGACUGACGUUUCACGUGGUUGUCAAACGCAUAAAUGGUAUCUAAGGGGCUAAGUUUGAUAAGUGGAUUUCGCACGACCUGAUUAAACAUCUGCACCAUCAACGCCACAAGAUCUUUGUAAUCCUGUCUAUACUAGGUCAAGAUGUUUGCCUUCUUUUUUGCCACUGAGGUUCCGUCAGGCAGGACCCCCUGACAAAGCUGGAUGCCCGUGUUCAGUCCUAAAAUCUGGACAAACCGAUCGACCUCUGACAGUUCGACCGGUUUCGACAAUGUCCAUCGUGUGCACCACAGCAAGGUGAAAGUAGAAACUGUGGCGGCCAAGCGGUGAUAGUGUAUGCUUAGUGCGCCACUACCUCAAGCCAUAUUUCAAGUUGUUAGAAGCGGGACGCCAGUUGGGUAGAAGAUUUUAUUCUGUACAUAAGGACUGGCAAUCGGACGAGGGUACGCCCGGCGCCGUGGAGGCGGCGUCCGCGAGAGCGUUGAGCCCUGUGUCGCCGCUGCAAAAGUGUCGUUGCAGAUUGUUUACUCUAUUGUUAUGGACUGUUCCCGCCUGUCUUACCAAUCAGCGAUAGAAGUUGCGUUGAUUGGCUCCGAGCCCACGCGAAGGUAGCGACAAGCCUCGCGUGGUGCAGGCAGAGAAUGGACCAGAUGCGUGGUGCAGACAGUGAAUUGCAACGAGACAAAUCGAAACCGGGCAGACGUGCGUGUCAUAGCAGGCUGUCGCUAGGGCGUAGGUGCAGGCGCUAGCGAGAGGCGCGGCGCUGCCAUUAUGACUGUCCACUACAAGACAGUGACUUGCUCGUAAAUUAGUUUAUAGUGAUAGUGGACUUGCGCAGCAUCUGCUGCACUCCCCCAUCUGCAUCCGGUGUCAUGACGAAGUCAAGAUGAUCGGAGGCGGGAGAGGACACAGGUGGAUAGCACGACAUAGACGUACACCGAGGCAUACCACCGCACCCCCGGUCGGCCCCUGUACGGUUGUAGCAUGCCUCCGGACACAAUCAGUUUGACAUCCGCCAAACGUACCUAAAUCAAAAGACAACUUCGUAGUUGCAUUUUUUCCCUGCGACAGCGGUCAGUUUGGCGUGUGCGUGGCACGCGUAAACUGGCUGUUUGGCGGUAUCAGCGCCCAAUCUCAUCACCAGCUGGUUCUCAGGCUUCGGCACUCGGUGGGCGCACCAAAGAGGGUGAAGAGAGAGCGAAGCUGACAAUGAGGAGGAGGGGGAGGAAUGCAUGCUCACGGCAAAUCAGCCUCACUAAAAUAAAUCGGAUGCGCUCGAAUCCACCAUGGCACGCUGAUAGUUGUGGCCUGGAGGGGAUAGCUCGGUCCUUGUAAGGACUGAUAGUCAGGCUGCAUUGACUCCCUCUCAAUCUCGUCUUUACGGACCGCCCCUACAGAAGCCCAGUGCAUUUAAAGCAGGGACCAGGUCAUGUGUGGCACGCGUAGACGGGUUGUUUUGUUAUGCACUGCAUUAGGAUUAAGUGCCUCUUUUGCCAGAUCAAAGGCUUCGUUUUUGCCGCCUCAUGCGAGAGCAGAUAUGGUAAAAAUCUCCAUGCCAAUCUCCCUCAUUUCUGUCGGUCUUCUACCCACACUGAUGAUUUCUUGUAGCUAUCCGACCGCUUGUGAGGGCGCUGGAUGAUAGCUGAACGGCUGCGCGGAACCGCCACUUUCCGUAACGUAACGCAUAAUCUAGAUGUUUAGUGCAAAAAAGGGCUUUUUAGUAUACAACACCUGCGCCAUUUCCCCCCUUACUGCCCUACUUACCUUCAGGAGCUACAAAAUUGGAUGGCAAACCUGGACGAAUCGUGUGUGAGGCGUCCGCUCACCCUCCUCAGCAUUCCAGGUUCGUAUUUUAUUCACCUUUCAGUAGUAGUAGUAGUAGUAGUAGUAGUAGUAGUAGUAGUAGUAGUAGUAGUAGUAGUAGUAGUAGUAGUAGUAGUAGUAGUAGUAGUAGUAGUAGUAGUAGUAGUAGUAGUAGUAGUAGUAGUAGUAGUAGUAGUAGUAGUAGUAGUAGUAGUAGUAGUAGUAGUAGUAGUAGUAGUAGUAGUAGUAGUAGUAGUAGUAGCAGCAGCAGCAGCAGCAGCAGCAGCAGCAGCAGCAGCAGCAGCAGCAGUAGUAGCAGCAGUAGUAGUAGUCGCUUUGCCACUCAUUAAUAUUAAUGCUGUGCUCUUGUCACAGGCCUCAAUUCUGCAGUGUUUUCACAGUGCACUUUUACUGCUUCCUUUCUCAACCAAUUUAUCACGUUUGCCCUUUUUAAAUAACAACUUAGGCAGCCACGACUCCUGCUCUUACUGCAUCAGCGACUCCUCCCUUCUUUCCCCCGAUGGCGACGCCUACCAGCUCCUAAAAGUCAUGGGCGACUUGGGCCGCAAACUGUCCUCCAAGUGGGCUCGUGCGCAGGACGCGAAUCUCACCGAGCAGCUCACCGCCGGCCUACGCUACUUUGACCUGCGAGUUCUGCAAACCAGCGCCGCUGAAAGCGGCGGCGGUAGAAGCUUGGGGGGCGAUGGGGCCUCCAUUUGUCCCGGCAUGUUCUACUUUGUGCAUGGCCAGUUUGCCCGUGAGGUGACCAGUGAGCUCUUCAAUGUACGCACCUUCCUGCGCGACAACCCCAAGGAGGUCGUGAUCCUCGAUUUCAACCACAUUUACGGCUGUGAUCGCGAGUCCGCCUUGAGGCUGCAAACACUAGUAAAACAGGUGACUACUCUUUUCCUUGUGUUUUCUGAGCCGGCGCCCACGACCACUUACCCAAGCGCGGUUACGGUGCCACUUAGCAUGAGUCUGAAACGCAUUUUCACUGUAACAUAUCGACGAUUUUUGUUAAUUGCUGUUGAGUUCACGAAGGCGAAUAUAUCGUUGAGGUGAUUAGUAACUUACCAAAUUUAUUUCUUCCUUUUCGCAAUUCGUACCUUGUUCUCACGUCAUCACAGCCGUCAUACUCGGUGGUAUAGUCUGAAAACUAAAUUCAUGCGAUAUCUUUCUUAGAACGGCCGAAAGAUUAAAUAAACUUCCGAUGAAAGCCCUCGUUAUCAAGUGAAACUCGGAACCUCCAUCCGGCAGGACUGUGCUGUCUAAUAAUUAGCCUCUCUCCUGAAAUAUUUCCCACCCUCCCUUCUUUCCCCUUCCUUAAAAAAUCAUUCUCGUUUCGUUAUGCCCCCUAGGUUUUCCCAGGAAUGCUAGCACCCCACACGGGAAGCAUACCCUCUCUCAACGAGCUCUGGUCGGCGGGUCACCAGGUUAUCUGCAUAUUCCACUGCGGUCCCUGUCUCCCUGAUAUGUGGCCCGCUGGUUGCAUUCGAUCUCCUUGGCCCAACACGACCGACGUGGAUAAGCUCUUUCAGUUCCUAGACGCGAAUGGCCCGUAAGUCUUUCGGCGUCGAUCUCCACCUGUUUGCACCGUUUAUGCUGCGUCUAACCUUUUGAAGCUGGUUUUAAAUUAAAUACAUUCUUACUAUCUAUUAUGUAGUAGUGUUUAUUUUGUGUGUUUAAACACUUGUAUUCUAGACCUGUACUAUCUAGGGUAAGGUGACACCAUACUAACAGCACAGGUACUAGCCAAAAGCCUAGUACCUGUGCUGUUAGUAUGGUGUCACCUUACCCUAGAUUAUACUACUAGCUGCCUGUAGGCAGUUAAUGAAUAUUACGCGGUUACCCGCUGUGGCUGAUGGACUUUGGCCCAAAUAUUCAUGUAUAAAAUUCUCGGUCUGUGCCUAUAGACCUUGAAUAUACUGAUCUACUCCUACUUCGCACAAAAUUUCUCCGGAAAUUAAAAAGUGACAACUAGACCUGUACUCGCAGUUUCUCGGGCCAAACAGGGUAGCCCACAUAUGACCCCCGUCUCCCACCUAAACUGCUCGUAUGUAUGGCGUGCGCUUACGUCUGUCUCUGAUGCGCCCCGUGACACACUUGAGUACGUCACGCGCGUUCGCGUGCGCCAACUAGAUCAUAAGCACGUAGGGGCAGAGAAGGCGUGGAUGCGUGCAAAUUUUGCAGCCAAUCAAUGGUGAGACUUCAGCGUCGGCCUCUAUAUCGCCACAACUGCGUGCAAAUUCUGUUGUGUGCUGCGUGCGUUCGUGCGCCUAGAUGCGUGUGUUUUAUAUUCUAGGCAUUAAUUGCCACAUUAAGCCUUCGUCGCCGUCAUGUCCUGUACUCGCGUGCAGCCUAAAGUCUUGUGGCGAUAUGCCUCUCGAGGUACCUAGUUGCUAAUCCCGGCGCCAGUUGGAUGAAGGAAGUGCAGAACUGCUAGCUGGUGCUUUUACCUCCCCAACUGUGCUAAUCUCACCUCCUCGUGGAGAAAGUGUUCGCGAAUGGAGACCAGGAAGCAUUUUGUCAGAGAGUACUACCACUAGGUCGCCUCUUAUCAGCCUCGCUGAUAUUACUUUCUUGACGGGUAGAAUCCCGAGCUCUCAGAGCUUCAAAGUAAGCAUAUAUUUCUAGUAGAUGGAACCCUGAUUUGUCCAAGUUACGUGCAUGCAAGUAUGCUGUACCCAGUGAAGUCGCUCCCCCUAUUCGACGAUCUCCUGCUCGAGAAAGUGACUUUCCAGAACAUCCUAUCCCCCUCCUGUUUUCUCAUCUAGUCCUUGUGUCCUAAAUCUGUGUCAUGCCUCACUGUAUUCACGAAUCGCUGCUGUGCUCCUGUCGUAAAUUCGUGAAUCGUGAAUUCCGAUUAUUGGACUGUUUUGGAGUUGCGAAAAUUCCCAUAGCGGUACUCAAAAGACGAGGUGGUGAGCAUGCGUAUCUGUCGAUAAAUUCUCGUCGAGCCAGUACAAUUAUAUGGGAACGGGGUAGAAGAAAAAACACGUCAGUGAUAAGAUAAUUCGAUUAAAGUUCGCCUUAAAAUACUGGCUGGGUGUGGGAAUGUGGAGGAGGGGGGAGGGGGGGGGUAAUAGCAGUCAGUGUCAGGGGCGGGGUGAGAGCGGAAGGGCGCGGGUAGAGUCGCAGCGUUAAUCGACCUUCGACCACUGUAGGCACGGAUCCUGAACUGCACUUGACUUGGCCCCAGUGUACACUACGUGACCUGUCUCAUGAAAUCUGAUAAUGGAAACUGCUGCGAGAAUUUCUGGACGUCUUUAACGUUGCGGACAGCCAUUUUCUCCGAAAAUGAAGUUUGAUGUUUGAAUGAGUCUUCACAGGUGACCCAAACGACCUUCUUCGUGAAAAGGAGCGCCCGAACACUCACUAAUUCGGUACAUGCCUUCAAGGAUAAUCUCAUUUUAAAGUUCUCAACAGACAGGUAAUUCAGAAUCUGUCUUUAAGGACGAUCGGGUGAAAACAUUGAAAAUCAUGAAGUAUUCAGCAGCAUCUCGAGGCCGAUCUGAAACUCAGCGUAAUCCAAAACGGACGAAAAGUGUAAAUUGAUUUAACGGAAGAAAAGUUCUCUCUGCAAACACAAAAUGGUGUGUUUACGAUCAUGCCUGUUAGUUCUAUUUAGAUUUAUUAGGCACCGACCGGCCUCAUGACAUGUCACCUUAUGAAAACUUUUGUUCCCACGACGUACCCAUCGAUGAAAUCAAGCAACAUUCAGUUUCUCGUGUUGAACCCCAUCUCAUUUAACUCAAAAGAGUCAAGGAGAACACAAAACCCUCGAAAACUCUUUUGGAAUCUAUACUCAGAAUGUAGGCAGUUGACGAACCGUCAUAUAUCAGGUCACACUAAUUAUUAAAUAUUAAAUUAAAUUAAAUUAAAUAUUAUUAAAUAGUUAACUGUUUUUUUACAUUGCCCAAAAGUCUGACGACGAGCUGGGGAUCCAGACUCGAAAAUUUACCCAUUAAAGUUUAUUCCCUUCCCAAAGAAUCUUACUUAUUUUCAAUUCUAUGCAUCUAAAAACGAAGUUUAUUAAAUUAGAGCCAUUUCUGACGUUUUUGGGAUAUUGCGCUUUUCUAAAAAAUCGACAUUUCUAAACAACGCAGCGUUUCCUUGAAUAUUUCUUUUAUGUCUUUAAUUCUUUUAAACUUAUACUUUAUUAACAUAGACAUUGGACUCAUGAAAUGGUGUGGGUUUGCGAGUGAUUGGUAGUCAUUCUUAAAUUUCGUCAGAUAAGGCCACCUAGGGAACAGUUGUCUAAUCUUCCAGAACUUGCACCCAUUCACGCACUCCUGAGGUGGCCUUUGUGGGCCAAGGCGAUAGGACUCCGUGCUUACCGCUGAAUCUCCAACCCUUGCGCCUCUUAGCCUAGUUGCAGUAAACCAGCCCCAGAUGCCCAGCCCCGAUUAUGCCUCAGAACAAUUCUCCACUGCCAGGUCUUUCACACUUUCCCGUGGGCUGCCUCGGUAUGCGAAUCCAACAUUCGCAGCCCCUCUUUAUAGUGCCCGAGAGCUCUACCCCUAACCAUCACAGAGGACCUAACAUCACGCCUAUCUAAGCAAAGCAGACAUCACAGCUGAUUGUCCAAACUAGCCAAUCCAACGGGUGAGGGAAUUGGGCGCAUUGGUUGAUGCAGUAUGGAUUCCUACGUCUAAGGCUUGUCACGACUAUGUCCACCGUGUCUGCUCCACCUUGUUGUGGAGUAGGCACAUGAAUCAGUUUAUAGUGAGAGUAGACUUGCGCAGCGUCUAUCUCAUUCGCUCCUUCCCCCCUGGGCCCGGUGUCAAGACAUAGUCAAGAAGACCGGAAGUGAGAGUGUCACACACACAGCAAACAUGCGCAUGUACAGCAGCAGUUAUGACCUAGCGCAGACCCAAUGCCGCCUUAGAAACGCUCGUCGCGAGACAGUCUAAUAUCUGUUUUGGUCCAGAACAUCUCCAUUGCAGCCCGUUAUGCCGACCAGUCUAGCUCCCCUCCCUCCCCGCAGUCCGCCCAGAAGCAUUCCCUCAAACAAGUUUUGGGUUUCCCUUUUUUCGUCCCACUUCCCCAGCACUGACGAGAAGACAUUCCACGUCAGUCAAAACAUCCUCACACCAGACGCAGCCUUCGUCUUUGCAAACCUCUCCAAGGGUCUGGACUCACUGGCCGGACCGGCGGGAGCCCGUACCCUGCAGUGGCUGCAACAACGACGACAGUCGCGACGACUGAACAUCGUGAUAGUCGACUUUGCUGUUCGAGCACUGCCUGACUUCGCCAGGACUGUGAUAUCGCUGAAUACAACUCAGCCGACUGCUUAA